AUGGCGGCGGCACUUGUUAGUUCGUCUCGUCAGGUGGGGAGGCUAACCAAUGCUGCAAAAAGGUUGUAUUCAGAUGCUUACCCAAAGAUAACAACUCAUUACACCAUUCACCCAAGAGAUAAGGAUCCACGAUGGAAAGAAAUAAGUAUGGAGCGGGUAGCGGAGGAGACGGACAUCCUCAUUAUUGGUGGAGGACCGGCUGGCAUGGCUGCUGCCAUCAGAGCUCGGCAGAUUGCAGAGGAGAAAGGGGCUGAAGUCAGAGUAACCCUACUAGAAAAGGCAGCAGAAAUUGGCGGUCACAUUCUAUCAGGUGCCUGUGUGGAUCCUAUAGCUCUGAACGAGUUGAUCCCGGACUGGCAAGAGAAGGGUGCUCCUAUGAACACUCCGGUAACAUCGGACAAGUUCGGUCUCCUUACUAAGAGUGGGAGGAUACCUAUUCCUGUGUUUCCUGGAUUACCUAACUAUAACCACGGCAACUAUGUGGUGCGUUUGGGACACCUAGUAAGGUGGUUAUCUGAACAAGCAGAGGCUGCUGGAGCUGAGAUCUGGCCAGGCUGCGCAGGCGCAGACCUGAUAUACCGUGAUGAUGGCUCACUAAAAGGUGUUGCCACGGGUGACGUCGGUAUCGCUAAGGAUGGCAGCCCUAAGGACAUGUUCGAACGAGGCAUGGAGUUCCACUCCAAGAUUACCAUCUUCACUGAAGGUUGUCACGGCCAUUUAACAAAGAUGAUUUCAAAUAAGUACAACUUGAGAGCGAACAGUGAGCCCCAGUCGUACGGUAUUGGACUUAAAGAGCUCUGGGAAGUUAAGCCAGAGAACCACAAGCCCGGUUUAGUAGAACACACAGUAGGUUGGCCUUUAGAUAAGAACACAUACGGAGGCUCGUUCAUCUACCACUUGAAGGUGGCGGAGGGCGAAGCACCCCUCGUGGCCGCGGGCUUCGUCGUCGGCCUCGACUACUCGAACCCUUACCUCAGCCCCUUCAGGGAGUUCCAGAAGUUUAAGACUCAUCCAUACAUUAGGCCUAUGUUUGAAGGUGGUUCCCGCAUAGCAUACGGCGCGCGUGCGCUAGUAGAGGGAGGCUGGCAGUGCCUGCCGGUGCCUGUGUUCCCGGGGGGAGUGCUGGCGGGGGACUCCGCCGGGUUCCUCAACGUUCCGCGGAUCAAGGGCACGCAUAAUGCUAUGAAGAGUGGUAUGCUGGCAGCGGAAGCUGCAAUGGAUCUCAUCAUAGCCGGGGAGGCGACACACGAGAAAGGAGUAGUUCCCACACAAUAUGAAGAGAAGCUCAAGGAAUCUUAUGUUUACAAAGAACUCAAGCAAGUACGUAACUGCAGACCAUCGUUCCACACGUCGCUGGGUCUGUACGGAGGUGUCGCGUACUCCGCCUUCAGUACGCUCAUGAGGGGGAAGGAACCCUGGACUAUCAGCCAUGGAGGUGCUGAUCACGCGAGACUGAAGCCUGCGAAGGAAUGUCAGCCGAUAGAGUAUCCCAAACCUGACGGAGUUAUCACUUUCGACCUGCUCUCGUCUGUCGCUCUUACUGGAACGAAUCACGAGGCUGACCAGCCAGCUCACUUGACCCUGAAGGACGACACGGUCCCAGUCAAACAGAACCUUGGAGUCUAUGAUGGACCCGAAGCUAGAUUCUGUCCUGCAGGUGUAUAUGAAUUCGUGCCGAUGGAGAGUGGUGAUGGACAACGCCUACAAAUCAAUGCUCAAAACUGCAUACAUUGCAAGACAUGCGACAUCAAAGAUCCAUCGCAGAAUAUAAACUGGGUAGUUCCUGAAGGCGGCGGCGGCCCCGCUUACAACGGCAUGUAA